AUUAAAGUAAUAGUAAUAGAGCACCAACCUACUAAAUUGUUUACGACUUGUAAACAAAAAUAUAGCAGUUUUUCGCUAUGUAAAGCGUUGUAACGCUUCACGUCAACUUAGCACAUUGUCGUAAUUAUUUACGAGCUUAAAUAAUAGUUUGCGGACCCCACUCGGUAUAGUCAUUAUUAAUAUUAUUUAAAAUAAACCCCUUAUAAGCCGCGAACAAUUUGAAUGAAUGACAUAAAUUGACUAGAACGCAAAGAGCAUAUAAUCACUACGUUCUAACUAGAACGUAGUGAUUAUAUGCUCUUUGAUAAAUUGACAACAGCCUUUAGGUUUUUUCUAAUUAUAGACAAUUGGUGAUACAACAAGGAAAAAUCUGUCAACAAUAUUUGGCUAGCCAGACUCUAGUACGAGCGUAAGGCGAAGCAUGUCUAUUUUUUUUUUAAUGCGUCAGUCCUGGGUCAAACUUUAAUGUAAUCUGUGGUAGUUUCGUCCAUAGGAGGUAGGUGUGAAAAAGUUAAAACCAUUUAUGCCGCCUUUUCGCCAAUGGUUAGCCAUCACAUUAUGCUAAAUAAUAAUUAUAUUAAAAAGUUUAUUUAUUUAUUGAGUUAAAAAGAAACGCAAAAUCAUCUUGACUAAAAAUCAUUUUAGAAUAUCAGCAUGUGUGUUUAAUCAUUAUUUAAUUUUGACGUGAAAUUAAACGAAACUUUCGUUGAAAUGAAAUGACAGAAGAACAAUGAUGGCGUCGUUUCGAUGUUGUAGCGGCAUGUAGAGUAACGUAGCAAGUUUAUUUAUGUUUUUCACGUAAUUCUCUUAAAUUAAACUAUAGAAACGCAAGAAUGGAGAGGUUUACAAUAUCUAAGUCUGAAAAGCAGACAAUUUAUGAAAUUUACCGGGCUUGUCGACUUUGCGGCGCCGGCGGAGGCUAUCGGAUGCCUAUCAUCCAAAACAUAAUCGAUUUAGACAGUUCCGAACUAGAAUUGCGGCAGAAAAUACAAGAAUGCUUACAACUAGAGGUGCGUCCAGAUGACAGAAUGCCUCCUCUCAUAUGUGAGCUAUGUGUUGACAAAGUUAAUGACUUCCACCAGUUCUUGGAGCUGACUCGUCAGACCAAUGUCAAGACAAGAACAAGACUUGGCCUCCCCAUUCAGGAUAUUAAAAAAGGGGAACCUGAACAAAGUAACUGUAUCCUGGGUGUCACAGAGCCAGUUUAUAGUAAGGAAGAUGAGCCACCAAAGAAGAGUAAGGCAGGCCCUAAGUGCACCAAGACGAUUAAGAAGGAACCAGAUGUUGUUAAUAUUAAGAUAGAGAACGCGUCAGACUCAUCGUCCCGCUCGUCCAGCGUGUCCGGGCGCGCGUCGCGCUCGUCCCGCCGCGCGCCCUCCCCCGCGCCCGCGCCCGCCCCCGCCUCCGCCCCCGCCUCCGCUCCCGCUCCGCGCUCGCGCCGCUCGCUACUUGAAGAAGCGUUGCUGCGACGGAAGCCGGAGACGCCUAAGACUAAAGAAGCGACUAAGAAGGAGACCCCGAAAAAUAAAACUGAGACGCCUAAAGAUACACAGACGCCAAAAGAAAAAAAGGCUCCACCUGCGAAGAAAAAGGGAGAAUUAGAAUCUUUACUAGAGGACAGUAUGAAGUUUGAUGACAGCUCUUUGCUGGUACCGCGGUCAUUGAAGAGGACGCGAGAGGAGCCCCCUAGGCCUGCGCUGCUGCCCAAGAGGGGCAAUCUUGCAAGAUACUUAAUGGAUGCAAGGAUAAGGCCCAUACCAACCAAAGAGCUGCUGAGAGAGCUGUCACCGCCCCGGCGCCCGGGCCCCAAGUCCAGGCAGCCCGUGAGAGAGCCGUCCCCGACCCCCAGACCCGGCCCCAGGUCCCGGCAGCCGGUGAAAGAGCCGUCCCCGACCCCCCGGCCAGGACCCAAGUCCCGGCAGCCGGCAAGAGAGCUGUCCCCGACCGCCAGACCUGGACCUAAGUCCCGGCAGACGGCGAGAGAGUCGUCCCCGACCCCCCGGCCCGGACCGAAGUCCAAGAAGGCAAGAGUGGAGGAGGAGAAUAUACCUGUACCGCUUAAGGUGCCCAGGUCCAAGGCCAAGCUGGAAACACCCAAGGUGCAUUUUAUCGUACCACCUUUACGGAAGACUAAAGAGCCGCCGAAGCCCCCAGAAGAGCCCGCGCUACCGUCCGUGCCUCCAUACAAGUGCAUAGUAUGCGACAUUCAGUGCAAGAACUCUGGCGCUUUCGCGAGACACUUGAGUAUUCACUUGCCCACCUUUACUAAACCUGCCAACGCGUGCAACCCGUGCGGUAGUUGGUUCGUGACCGCCGAAGAGGCGGCGAGCCACCACCGGUUCCACAGUGCCUCCACCUUCCCCUACCACUGUCGCCGUUGCUUCGAUGACUUCCGCACGCUUCAGCUGUAUGACGAACACAUAGAGUCGGGCCUGUGCGUGGGCGACGAGCCGCCGAGCGUGCAGUGCGAGGAGUGCCCGGCGCUGCUCGCGGCGGCCGGGCUGCGCGCGCACCGCUGCCCCGGCCGGGCGCCCGGCGCGCGCCUCGGAGGCAAGUGUUCAAAGUGCUCCAGAACGUAUGCAACCGCGAAGACACUAAAGAAACAUGAAAGUCAGUGUAGCCAGAAGAGAAAGGGAGGAGACCUGAUAGCCGACCCGGACGUCCUCCGAAGACUGAAGCCCAUGCAGGUGCGGAUCACCAGCUGCGACGGGCUGCUGGCUCGAGAGAUGGGCGACCAUUAUGACGUUUCUAGGGUCAAACCGAACUACGGGCUAGCGAAGAACUACAUCUACCCAUACAUGAAGCUGCCUCCAGUCAAGAGCGAACCUCUCUUCCGCGACAGCAUGGUCGCCAUCCCUGUCGCACUCAAGGAAGAGUUCUCUUUCACACACUGGGACAGCGAUAGUGACGUUGAAGAAUCCAUCAUAAGAAGCGUACCUUCUCUCUCAACUCUGUCCAUCAAAAAACUAUUCUCCAAAAACCUUCUAGGUAAAGUACCUAGAAAAAGAAAGAAGGUCAAAAAUGAAACGUUUGAUAAUGAAGACGAAUUCAGUGUAAGUAAGGACAUUAAUGAUAUUAUAAAUAGUUUAGAUAAUAAGGGAAAUGGCAGUUUAGAUAGCAAAGAUUUUACAGCUAGAAUUAAGGAUAUUAUUGGGUGUUUUGAUAGUAAAAUGAGUGAAAGUGUAACGAAUGAGGACAAGACAGCUAAUGAACAAAGUGAGAUUGAAAAUGUGGAUGCUAAUGUAAAUGAUAAAACGAUUGAUAAUGAUAAUCUUGAUGAAAAUGAUAAAACCACAUCCGAUGAUAGUCAUUGUGAAACUGUUGAUGGAAAAGUAAAUGAUGAAACAAUAGCUGAUGACAAUCAAAAUGUACAUGAUACAGUAACACAUGACGAUAGUGCUAAAAUGGAUUUAGAAAACAAUGAAAAUAAUGAUAGUACAAAAGAAAAUGUAAUAGAUUCUAAUGAUAAUGUAAAUUGUGAAGAAUCAAGCAAUGAUGAAGUCAAUAUUGGUGAAAAAACUAUUGAUAAAGUAUUAGAAAGUAAUGAAAUAAAUGAUGUUAAUAACGAAAAUGAAACAAUCAAUAGGCUAGAUAAUUAUGAUAAGAAAAUCGACAUAAGCUUACAAAAAUCAAAAGAUGAUGAAAGCGUAGCUGUUAAUACUAGCGAUCUUGAAAAUGUUCCAGUUAAUGGAAUCAAUACUCCUCAAAAUGAAAAUUCUCUUGUAAAUAACUUCAAAAUGAAUCAAAACGAAAGUUCUCCGGAAAAAGAUUCAAAAUGCAAUGUUGAAAUUAAGAAAAAUGAAGAAGUUAGUAAACAAAUAAACAAAGAGAGUCCAAUCAAACACAGCAUUGAAAAUUUAAUAGGAGAAACCGAUAGAAAUUCAGAAAAAUUAAUUAACGAAGUAAUAUCAAGUAUUGAAGAAUUGAACAGAUGCCAUGAACAACUAAAUAGACAUAAUGAAAAUGAAAUUAACAAUAGCAAUCUAAUGGAUGCAUUAGAUGAACAAAUUGGUGAAAAAAGACUUAGUGAUCAAGAUAAAAUAACUUUAGAAGAUCUAUUGCCUAAAGAAGAUAAGCGUGAAGAGUUGGAAAAUAUAUCGGACGAUGAUUUCAAUUUUGAUACUUAAGGGUCCCCAGCAAUCUCAUUUAAAAACGACUUGCUAUAUUGUUCUGAAACUUUUCGGCCAAGUGCGAGUCGGACUCGCCCAUA